GUUGACGCUCACCACAUGGGCAACCGGAUGCGGAGAUCAACGCGGUGGUUCGUCUGAAGCUGCCCGGUCCUCAUCCGGUUCGUUGCAUUACUUAAGUUUAUUUUAUUCUGAGAUUUCUCCAAUUGAUUAAAAUGACGGAAGGCAAAGGAACGACGAGUACUCAGCCAGCUAAGCAACUGCUGGCUUUGAACCCAAAAGAAGAAGCUGACUUCAAGAGAAAGGUCCAGGAGGUGAAGAAACGACCCAGUAAGGGGAUCAGUCUGACUCCAGGGGUGAUUUACGUGGGUCACCUGCCUGUUGGACUUUUCGAGCCUCAGCUCAGAUCAUACUUUGAACAGUUUGGAAAUGUUCAGAGGCUUCGACUGGCAAGGAGUAAAAAGACCGGUGGAAGUAAAGGGUACGCCUUUGUGGAGUUUGACUGCGAUGAAGUGGCGAAGAUUGUUGCGGAGACAAUGAACAAUUACCUCAUGGGAGAAAGGCUUAUCAAAUGUCAUGUGAUGCCCCCAGAGAAAGUGCACGAGAAGUUGUUUGUUGGUUCCGAGAGGAAAUUCAGCAAACCUAAAUAUCCUGCCGUGGCACGCUACAACAAGACGCGCACCCCAGAACAGAUCGCAAAAAUGACUGACAAGCUGCUGCGUAAAGAAGCCAAACUCCGCAAGAGGCUGGCAGCGAACGGGAUCCAUUAUGACUUUCCAGGAUUCGCUGCCCAUCUUCCCCAGAAGAAAAAGUGCUCAGAUGCCAUGAAUGUGUCUACAAGUAGUGAAGAUGCCACACCUGUUUGCACCCCAUCUGUCCUCGAGAAGAGAAAGUCCAUGGUCACUGACGAUGACAAAGAUGAUGAGAUUGUCAUCAAAUUGCCAGUUGAUGAAUCCAAAAGCACGGAUGAUGAAGACUGUCCCUUGGAGGAGGAAGAUGAUGAUGGUGAGGAUGACUCGGAGAGCGAGGAGCUCUCAGAAAGAGACGAGGCUGCCACAGAGGAGGCAGAAAAGGAAUGAUCCCUGCCCUUUUAAUCACAGACUUGGUUAAAUUCUUUUGCAGGGCACAGAUGCAUACACCCCUGUUGUGUAUGGUCUUCGUGUAUUGCUUCAGAGAUGAUGGGAGAUAACUUUGGACUGUGUAUAAAUGUACACCUAUAAAGAAAGGGCACUUUUUCAUGCAUAGAAAUUGGUGAUCACAAGAGUUGGUAACAAUUUUGAAAGCACCCCUCAUGAAAAGUCCCUCUCUUACUAGAUAGGGACUUUGACCUCCCUAAUUGUAGGGGCUGAAGUGGUGAUGCCAUGGAUGCUGCUUGUAAUGCCAUUCCAAUGGAGCUUCAUUACUCCCCACAGAUUGUGUGUGGUUUGUGCUUUUUGACUAUAACUAAGCUCCCUUAGCAGUCUUGAACCCGGCUAUCCCACAGUUUAAGUGGGCAGUAGUAUGAUUUAAGCAGUGUUGUUUUUAUUGUGUAUGUAACAAAACCUAUGAAAAUAUUGUCUUAGGAUGAAAACCUAUUAAUUUUAAGUCGAUGCUAUGGUCUUUAAUAAUAAAUGCAUUGUAAUCAACUGCUUGGGGAUCCUUUAAUUUAUGUGAACUAAAAAAGUUUGAGAAGAGUGCUGACAGGUAUUUAUUUGCUUGAAGCAAAAAAUCAGGCAGACUGAUAAUGUAUGAGAAGCCAGCUAUGCGCACGCAGUUAAAUUGUAUAGAAGGGGUAAGUUGUUAACAAAGAUUUGGUGGAAUAGUUCCUCAUGUACCAAAAGACACAGGUUAAAUAAAGCUAUUUCAAGUUCAAAAUGAAAUAAUUGUUAAAUGUUCCACAAGGCCUUGUGUGAAUGAGCUACAUUUUGACUUUGCCUAAAUAAACUAGCAGUUUUAGAUCAUCAAAUUGGAUUAUACAAUUGCUUAGAAAAAUAAAACAAUCAUUGCACUGAUUUAAACGUUAUUUAAGCUUUUUUUCAUAUUUGUCCAGUGUGAGUGUGGCUCGUUUGAGCCCUACUGCGG